UGAUAACAACCAAUGCAAUAUUAAUUAUUGAUAAAAAGUAGAGAAAGCAAGUGAGAAUUAAAAAAUUUAAUGAACUCAAAACAGUUAAAAUUUUCAGUAAUUAUUCUACUAAAGAUUUCCGUUUGUAGACAAACUAAGUUCUAAUAUUCUACUUUUUCUCUCAAUAAUUGUGUGUUAGUGAGUUUCUGUCAUUACCUACAAGAUUUUGAUUCUCUGCGUUAGUUAAUCACACGAAAUGGAUUUCAAGUCACAGUUGGUCUUGGUCGGUCUGUUAACUCACCUCCAAGAAUUUCCUGUAUGACCUUAUUCUGCGUUCUCAAGGAACCAGUGGGUCUCAAACUACCGAACUUAAACUCUAUAAAACUGCUGCAGCGGCUGUGUACAGUUGGAAUCAUGCAUGAUUACAUGGAUCUCUCGCAUCUCUCACAAAAGGUUAGUCCCGGAUCUCCUCACAGUCAGCAUUCAGAUGUGGAUCCUUUGUGUCUCUCACCAAAUGCUAGUUCUGGAUCCCCUCAAAGUCAGCAUUCAGACGCCUCCUCAGGUAAAGAACAUGAUCCUCCAACCAUGGACGAACUCGAUGUCUUCGUCAAGCAAUUCAAGAAGAGACGAAUCAAUCUAGGAUUCAGUCAAAGUGCUGUUGGAUCUGCUUUAGGUCCAUUAUGUGGCCAUGAGAUUCCACAGGCAAUAAUUUCAAGGUUUGAAGCAUCCAUGUUAAAAUUUAAAAAUAUGUGCAAAUUGAAGGUGUUUCUGCAGAAGUGGUUAGACGAAGCCACCAGUAUGUCAGUAUCUGCAACUAGUAUUGGUCAUGCUUCUGCACAGAGUGGAAACAAAAGAAAACGGCAAGGUAAAGAUGACUCACAAAAACUUGCAUUGGAGCAACAUUUCCACCAGCAGCCAAAGCCUUCAAGCUGUGAAAUCUCUUCAAUAGCAGAUAGCUUGCAACUUGAAAAGAAAUUAGUCAGGCAUUGGUUUGGUAAUAGGCGGCAGAAAGAAAAAAGAAUGACUAUGCCUAUUAGGAUAGAAAGGUCCCAAGAUCGCCCCUUGGAUAGUAAAAAGAGUUCUGGACCAUCUGAGCAGAAAAGAAAAAAAGACAACCAGUCUUCAUGACAGAUCCGUUUACUUGUUAAGUUGGUACUCUAAGCAGCUCUGCUGUUGGUUAUAAACAAGAUUUUCUCUCAAUACAUCGUAAAACAAUUUUUUGGAGUCUAAAAAUUCUAGGGUAAGUAAUGGAUCUGACCAUGGAGGAUUGAGUAGGCGCAGAAUGUGCAAGGAAGGGUGAUGCAGUGAAAGGGGUAGCAGACACACCCGGUGUUAAGUUCUUAAGCGUUACGCUCAUUAACUUUAUGAUUUUAUAUUAUAGAAUAAGUUUCUCUAUUUUCUUUCCAGAUUUUCAUAUUUAUUCCGGAAGCUGAAUUCCAUCUUAAGUCAUUUCAUUCAUACCCAUAUACCAUUUUUUUGUUUGCGAACACGCAAACUUCACCACAUCUCAACCAUCCAGUCUCAACUCUUGAUUUUUCAUUCAAGCCUGAUAGUUUAAAAGGAAUUUAUGUCGGAAUGGGUGCCUCUGUGGCUUUCAGCGUGGGAAGGGGUAGAGAAGGAACGUUAGCGUGAGGCCCUACAGCCAUCAGGGUUCUGGGACAAAGUCCCCCCUUUUCUAAGCUACCCGCACAGCAGUGCCCUUGUGCGAUACACAUUCUGUAGCUAUGGUCACAGCGUUUUCAAUUGUGGAUGGUUAUCAGGAUUACCCAUGUGCUUGACUCCUUGUUUCGACUAGUAAAUCAUGUUAAUUCCAUGGUAUUCAGGCUUUUUAUUUUGAUGAAUUCAACACAUGUACCUGCUGAGGAGAUGCCCCUGACUUCAUUGACUUUGUUUGAAUUAUCUCUGUUGUCUGAAUUCUACAGUAAAGUACUUAUUUAUUAUGAUAUGACAUGCCUGUCUUUCCCAUUAUCCAAGUUGUCAAAGGACCCGAAUUGCCAGUAUUUGACUCGAGAAAAAGAGUUCUUUCAAUGUUAUGUAUUCAUGUGACAUGUAGCAAAACCAACAAAUAAAUGAUUAAAACAAAGUAA